AACCAGUUACCUUGUUGCAAAGCGCAAGUAGGUUUUAAAAUAACAGUUUCGUUGCAACUUUCUACUUUCUGCGCGGCACACGGCUUGAUUGGUAUUCAAAUGAAGAUGACUAAAAAAGACUGAUGGUUACUUGUUUAAUUGGCGUGAAGGUAUGUCUUAUGUAAUGGUCUUUGCUGAAUAAUCGAUUGGACGUGCUUUUAAUCUAGUAUGACUAAUUACUUUCAUUAAAUAGAAAGCGUCCAAUCUUGGAACAGGCCAGCCAAAACGAGGACCUGAAAAGAUACGAAGCACGACAAAAGAAGCUGAUUCCUUAACUUGUGUCGUGGGAAUCUUUUCAAGAGCGUUGCUUUUGCUAUCGUUGGUAAGUAAACAAUUGUUGGCGGCCAUGAUUGGUGACCCUUUGUUUUACUACUUAUAGUUGUAUGUAUGUAUCAACUUUAUUAAAAGAGGGUAACGCAAAACAGUAAACUGAUAAACCUGCGGCCCUCAUCAUGAAACAGUUAACAAUUUCAAUUAAAAAUAUACCUAGAAUAAUCCGAAAAUUACAAUUAAAAAUACAACAGUAAAAAGUGCAAUAAAAAGUUGUGAAUAGGAAGUUAUCAAACAAUAAACAUACUGAGCACAGAAAACUAAGAAGAUGCAUAAAAGUCAGUUAAGGCCUUUUUAAAACCAUGCACACAUUCAAUACGUUUUACUUCAUAUUAUAAAGGCCGAAAGUCAGAUUUUUAGACCUAAAUGAAAUACGCGAAUGUAAAAUGUCCUGACUGGGCAUUUUUAUGCAUAUGCAUGACUUACCACAAUGGAUUUUAAAAAAUGUCUCGUGAUCACACACACGUUAAGGGUCACCGGAUUAUAACUUAUGGACAUUUGAUCGAAUUCCGGAAAAAAAAAUGUCAAAACAAAUAAAAAAAAACCACUAUGUCAUUUCGUGUUUUGGUUUGAUUAAUUAAUUUGUGAGAAGUAUGAAACGGUAAUAAAUCUUUGGACAUGACGGGGACAUGACUCCUUCAAUGCUAAGGGAAUGCGACAGGGCUGUCUUAUAAUUUAUACACCAUUAGGCUUCAAAUCAAGAAAAUAAGGUGAUUGUUUGUUAGUGGAAAUAAUUCUAAUUUUCAUGGAUGUCUCCAGUUAGUGACUUCAAAAAAGAAAUUCGAGAGCCUUGCAGAAAAGAAAAAAAAGGAUGAACAAACUUAAGAUUAAAAAGUUAUUAAAAGUGCAGAACUCUCGAGUCGUAAGUCGUUUAUUACUAAUGACCCUUGUCUAAAAUAACUGGCUGUCAAUUUUUUAAUUUAUUUUUUAUUGUUCUAAUUCAUCUUAGCUCCAGAUACAGACGAGUGGUUGUUAUGGUUGCGGUAAUGACCAAGUCACGUGGAGAAGGGACAAUGCGGCACAGAAUGACACGUGUCUGCCCUGCAUCGACUGCCCGGAUGGAAUGGAGUCCUCUAUUCGGUGCGGAGGGGUUGCGAAAUAUGGAACAGACCUGCACUGUGUGGCGUGCAAAGUGGGAAUGUAUUCUGAUUCCUAUGGUAAAGAACAGUGUAGGCCAUGUUCUUUGUGUUCAGAGGGGAGGUCAGUUAAACGUAACUGCUCUGCAUCGCAAAAUAGACUAUGUGGCUCGUGCAACUAUGGUUACUACAUGAAUGAUGUUGUCUCAAGCUGCCUGUCUUGUUCCAUCUGCUGUUGGGAUGGUAAAGACCAAUUAGAGAGUCAGUGUAUAGAACAGGGAUUACCAAACCAUCGGCAAUGCAGACCGAGACACAAAGAUGGCUGUGAUCUAUCGACAACAGCAACCAAAGAAAGCACAAGAACUGAGGGCAGGAUCGUGAUCACCAGUCCAACUACAAUAAAGAGAACAAUUCAAACGAGAAAAACCACGUCGAGAAUUUCAGUCACGGUACAAGACGACAGCACCAAAAUACAAUCAAAUAAAAGUACUACACCUUUCCAGUCGCUCUCAACUGCCACGGAACAGCUGGAAGAAGAAAUAACCAAGCGUAAGCCCACGCCCCAAACAGCUCUGACCCGACACCCGAGAAGAAAGAACCGAGAAAACACUGCAUCUACACACUUAACCACGAGGGUGUUUUCUUAUGGUAAAGAUGGAAGAUCUCUGGCAGAGAGGAGCGAAAACGAGAGGAGAAUUAUCGUCGCCGUUGUUGUCAGUAUGGUGGUUCUAAUCCUCUUGGCUGUCAUUAUCAAAAGGAACACUGUUGGAAACUACUUGAUAUGGAUGAAGUGUCGUCCCGUUUGUAGGUCUCGCGAUUCCGAGCUCGGUGAAGGUACUGAGAGAAGCAGUUUAGACGAAAGCAGAUCAUCAGUCGUGGUUGUCCCUGAUAUAAAUGGAGUUCAGGGAGGUAAGUGCAGUUUUCUUAAUGUUCUUUCUUCCAUUCUUCUUACUAAAUUUCCGGAUUCCAGUAUAAAGAGAUUAUGGAUGGAACUUGGUCGCUUUUGCAAUCGCUUUAUGUACUUGCAUGGUCUUACAAAUGAAGCUUGUUGUUGUUGUUGCAAAAAAAGUGCAUAGGCGAUAUGCUACGACUGGAAAAAAUAUGAUGCAAAUAUGUGCAGCGAAACAAAGCCUGUAUCUAGGGCCGCAGAAACAGAGAACACUGCAUCCAGAAAUACGUUUCACUCUCUCAGGAAACUUUUAAAAGUUUAGAACCAGGUGGCAAAAAUACACAAGAGACUUCCGUGGAAGUGAACUUCCAGCAUGAAAUUUCCGUGGUACCUUUUUUGAGGUUUUAAUCAUUUCAUUUCUAUAUUUCUUACAGUUCUGUCUCCUUUGAAUACACUCAAAUAUCUUUCAUUAGACGCUUACGAAAAAGUCUGGAAGCGAAUGGACAAACGACCCGAAGGAACAAACAAAGGUGACUUUAAAACUGUAGCUCUAGAGUUCGGGUUUGAAGAGGAAAACAUUUGGGAACUAGAAAAGGAAUUUAAGACGUCUGGAUCAGGAAGUCCUUCAAGACAACUGCUAGAGGCCCUAGAAACAAGACGACCUAAGUUAACUGUGUUUGAAUUUAUUAUAGUGAUGAAGAAGCCAAACAUCGAUAGGGACGAUAUCGCUGACAUCCUUCAAGAUUACGUUUUCAAAUGAACAUCACUUUUUCAAAACUGAAUACCUUCACGCUCUGUAAUUACCAUUCCACAUAGUAAAAUUGUAUCGAAACUGUAGGACCGUCCAGCUGAGUACCAUACCUAUCGUAAAACGGUAAAGCCCAAAAAAGCAGGGUGCGUUCCAGUGGUACGACAGCUCACCCAAACACAAAAAAUCCAAUAUGCCGACGCAUAGAAGUCCUUCAAAGAAGCCGGGAGUUUGUAAACUCUUUCUAAAUGUUAUCUUUCGUUU